GUGACGACAACGGCGACGACGGCUCGACCAGGCAGGUGAGGGCGAAGCGAGGGGCACACGAUGAUAAUUAUUGUCGUUGUCGAGACCGAUGGACGGACCGACCGGCAGUUUUGCACGCGCUUUCGUUGAAACCGGUUAAUUCGUGAGAGUAAAAAAAAACCGCGUAAAAAGUCACGAGUGCUCCUCAAACUCGGACGACCGCCGUCGAUCAAAGUCUUUGGCGGAUUAACAAGACAAUCAACGAUUCUCUUAUUGUGUCUGUCGAUCGACACGAGCGGAUUCACGAGCGGACGGCUUUCGGGGCUUAGACAAGCUAUACCGUCGUAGCACGUGAAAGCUCUGGAACGUCGAACUAUACCUACCAGUAUAUCUGACAGCAAAAUAUAAACACAGCCCUAGAAAAAAUGGCUUGGAUCAAACGGCAAGACAACAAGACCAAACUGGCGGCUCACAUGGCUAUCCCGGUGGAUAUGCCUAUCACAGAGGACCAAGUCACCGAGCUGUACGGUGAAGGCGCCCGCAUCCACAGCGUACACCACAGGACCAAGCCGCAGCAGUCCGUGUUCGCGUCCACCAUGUCGUCCACCGCGUCGGUGGACACGACGGUGGGCUCCACCGCGGCGCUCAUCCACAGCCACGCGGCCAAAGUGAAGAAGAAGAAGUACGCGUUCCUCAGGGGCCAGGGCCACCACCAUCACAACCACACGCCGUCGGCGAACGGCGGCUACGUCAACGGCAAGCACGGCCGGGACGUCGGCCACCACAGCCAAAAAGAACUGAACCUGCUGCUGGCCACGCCCACGGUGCCGAACUUCAUCGACCAGAUGCGCAAGAAGAAGCAGGCCAUCGACCAGGUGUCGGCCAAGCGUCUUAGCAGCGACGACGACGACGACGAGGACGAGUUCGACGACGACAUGAUGUUCCAAGACCUUAAGGCGGCAGCCAAAAUCAGGACGUCGCAGGACACAUACGUGCCACAGAUUCUCGCCUCGCUAACAGUGUCGCUAUGCUCAAUGGUAGUGGGAUUCGCGUCCGCCUACACGUCACCGGCCCUGCCAUCGAUGAACAGCCCGGGAAGUCCGCUCACCGUCAGCGAAGAAGAAGGUUCCUGGAUCGGCAGUCUCAUGCCGCUGGCGGCUCUCAUAGGCGGCAUGGCCGGCGGUCCCCUGAUCGAAUCGAUCGGUAGAAAAACUACCAUACUCGCCACCGGAAUUCCGUUCAUCAUUUCGUUUCUGUUGAUCGCAAUGGCCGUCAACGUACAAAUGGUGAUGGCUGGCCGAGCCAUAGCCGGUUUUUGCGUGGGAAUCGCUUCUCUCGGUCUUCCCGUGUACUUGGGCGAGACCGUACAGCCUCAGGUCCGGGGCACUCUGGGUCUGUUGCCCACCACGCUCGGCAACAGCGGAAUCCUGUUGUGUUUCAUCGCCGGCAAAUACUUAAACUGGCAGAUGUUGGCCAUCCUUGGCGCCUGUAUCCCGGUGCCGUUUUUGGUGUGCAUGUUCCUCAUCCCGGAAACGCCACAAUGGUACAUCAGCCGAAACAAGAGCAAGAAAGCGAAAAAAGCUCUGCAGUGGCUGCGAGGAAAGAACGCCGACGUGACGCAAGAGUUCAGCGAAAUCGAAAAGGCCAAUCACAUGGGCAAGAACGAAGAGAUGCCCGGCUACUUGAGCCUGUUCUCGAAAAUGUACUCGAAACCUCUUCUCAUAUCCAUGGGUCUCAUGUUGUUCCAACAGUUCAGCGGUAUCAACGCCGUCAUCUUUUACACCGUCAAGAUCUUUAAGGAAGCCGGCAGCUCCAUCGACGAGAACCUGUGCACCAUCAUCGUGGGCAUCGUCAACUUCCUGUCGACGUUCGUGGCGACCGCCCUGAUCGACAAGCUCGGCCGCAAGAUACUGCUGUACGCUUCCAGCGCCACGAUGGCCGUCACGCUGAUCACCCUCGGCACGUUCUUCAACUACAAGAACGCCGGCUACGACGUGUCCCAGUACGGAUGGCUGCCGUUGGUCAGCUUCGUGUUCUUCAUUAUAGGAUUCGCCAUCGGAUUCGGACCCAUCCCGUGGUUGAUGAUGGGCGAAAUUUUACCCGCGAAAAUCCGAGGCACGGCCGCUUCGUUGGCCACGGCUUUCAACUGGGCCUGCACGUUCUUGGUGACCAAGACGUUCUCGGAUCUCCUACGGGUGUUUGGCGCGGACGGCGCCUUCUGGCUGUUCGGCGGCAUCUGCCUGACCGGGCUGGUGUUCAUCAUAUUCUGCGUGCCGGAGACCCAGGGCAAGAGCCUGGAAGACAUCGAACGCAACUUGACCGGCGUGGGCAAAGGACCCGUUCGACAAGUGCGGAGGAUGAGCUCCAUAGCGCAUCUGAAACCGCUGCCGAUGGCCAUCUAAUGUGAUCUAAUGUCACAAGGAUCGAUAUUGAUAUAUAUAUAUAUAUAUGUGUUUUUUUAUUAUUAUUAUUAUUAUUAAUAUUGAUAUUAUUAAUUACCAUCAUUCAACGACGUCGUCGUUCACCAACAAAAAAAAAAAAAACGUUUUCGAAAAAUAAAACCACACAUAACACACAGUUGUUGUAGGUACACUCAGUACAGUCGAGUAAAUCUCAAACGACCGAAAUCCAUUUUUCGACAUUCGAUAUUUUACCUAAAAAUAAUAAAAACGCAAACUUACUUUUGCAAACGUAAUUUUUUCGUAUGUAUAAUAUAAUAAAAACAAUAUUGAUAAAUUAAAAGAAUAUAUAUUAAAAAGAAAAACCGCGCGUUACGCACUAUACUGUUGUUGUUCUAGAGUGUACAGCUGUCGUUUUUGUUUCGAUUUGAUUUUUUUUUUUUCGUUAUUCGUAUAAUGGUGCUAAAACAUUUCAGACAAUAAUUUUUUUCUACAUUUUUUUCUCUAAAAAUAUAACAUUAUCGUGUAAUAAUUACGACUGUCCGAUUUAAAAAAAAAAAGAGGCAAAAUUUCCACAUUCCGGAGAGUAGGUGAAGUUCCAAUAUUUUUUUUUUUUUUAUAUUUUUGUGCUGUGAUAGAGAGAUAUAGAACAUCCCUCCCUCCAGUGAUAUACAUAUAUAUAUAUACAUAUAUGUAUAUAUAUGUAUACAUAUAUUUAAACUCAAAUCUUUCUCCCAAACAAUAACGUCUCGGUUUUCCUCAAAAAAAAAAAAAAAAAGAAUUACAAGCUAUCCUCUGUUUUUUUAUUAUUAUUAUUAUUAUUAUUAUUAUUAUCAUAAUUAUAAUUAUUAUUAUUAUUAAUAUUAUCGUUAUAAUUAAAUGUGUUUUAGCGUUAAGCAGUAGUAGUAGUUUUUUGGGGGAACUCGUUAUUGUACUUACAGUUUUUGUUUUACAUUAAAUGGCAGAGUACACGUUAACAUUUUUUUUUUUUGUAUACACGACAUAAAUUAUAUAUAUAUAUAUAGGUACAUAUGCUUAAGCCACAUUGUAUUUAUAUGGUUUUUUACGGAAGAGGGGGGGGGAAGACGGAAGCUUUGGCGAAUUUUUUUUUUGGUCGAAGGCUUAGCCUGGUAUAGAUUUUUCUUUUUUCUUUAUUAACUUUCUUCUCAUAUAUAUUAUAAUAAAUAAUUAAUAAUCGAUAAUACUGUUCCGACAAAACAGAGUUUAUAAUAACUAUAUAAAAUAACAUCAUCAUAAUUACACGUUCUUCCCCUCCCCUCCCAAACGAACAGAAACGUUUCUAACAAAUUUAUUUAUCAUCAUAUAUUUAAAAAUUAUAUGUGUGUAUGAAUAUAUAUAUAUAUAUAUAUAUAUACACACAGAA